CGCAAAAUCAGUUGUUUUAAGCGCCUUGCUCGGAGAGGGUCUUUUUAACGGUACUAAUUGUAAUCUAUUUGCAUAUAUACGCCUAUGGUGGUUUAUAUCUACAUGCAUAUGUAUCUACAUGUGUGUGUGUGUGUGUGUAUGUGUGUUUAGAAAAAAUAAAAAUACAAUAAAUUGAUACGCAUUUUCGCAGCGACUCAGUGCAACGAGUAUACACACAUUUGUUAUACAUUAUUCAACAAUAAUAAUAAUAACAACAACAUCUCAACAAUACAAAUCCAACAAUCUUUAGUUGUUGUUGUUGUUGUCUUUAAAUUUUACUUAAAAGAGCUGUGCAUGUUUUCUAGUUGUUGUUCUUGUGCGUAAAUCCUCCCAAAACAAACACAAUCCCCAAAAAGAAACCAACAAAUAUGAGUGAUCCCAUUGAAACGGUUAAGGUGCCGGCUGCAGCCCCAGCAACCCUACUACAACCGGUGGCUGCUGCUGAGUCGUCCUCCGAUGAGGUUACCGUAGUUCAUCAAGCUCCCUUAGCCGAACUGGAGGAUAUACCACCCGAUCCGACUGACGAAGAGGAAGACGACAACAAAAAAGAUUCAAUUGAUGAGAAAAUGGUAGCUGCAAGUAAAGAAGAAAUGCCACCCAAAAAAUCUUCUGCCGAGGAUAGCAUUCUAUCAGUUAUUUAUACGGCAUCGAAAAAAGUCUUUAUUGUUGGUUCCAUAUAUCUGGUUGGCUAUAUGGGCUGGUCGAUCGCUUGGCUUAUAGCGCCAGUUAUACUUUCAGUGGCACGCGAUCGUUGGCAAAAAUCAACGAAACACAAACGAAGUAUUGCUAAGGCUUCAGCUUUAGCUUCAGAAAAAGAAGUCAUUCUCGCCCGUAUCGAUGAAUUACCGGCUUGGGUUUACUUUCCCGACGUUGAACGCUGUGAAUGGCUUAAUAAGAUUCUUAAACAACUCUGGCCGAAUGCUAACCAUUAUGCACGAAGUCUAGUCAAACAAACCAUUGAACCGAAUGUUGCCGAAUCAUUAGCUUUUUAUAAAUUACCUGGUUUUCGUUUUGAUCGGAUUAUUUUGGGAACGAUACCGCCGCGUAUCGGUGGCGUUAAAGUUUAUGAUUACAAUGUCGCUCGUAAUGAAAUCAUAAUGGAUUUGGAUUUAUUUUACGCUAGUGACUGUGAUAUUAACUUUUAUUUGGGUGCCAUGAAGGGUGGCAUUAAAGAUUUCCAAAUUCACGGUUGGAUACGCGUUGUAAUGAAACCGCUUAUACGUACUAUGCCAUUGGUGGGUGGUUUGCAAAUUUUCUUCUUAAAUAAUCCCAAUAUCGAUUUCAAUUUGGUGGGCAUUAUUGAUUUUAUGGAUAUGCCUGGAUUAAGCGAUUUACUGCGCCGUAUAAUUGUCGAGCAAAUUGGAAAUAUUAUGGUAUUACCGAACAAACUGCCCAUAUCUCUAAGUGAUGAAGUACCAGCGGCUUCUUUAAAAAUGCCAGAACCAGAGGGCAUUUUACGUAUUCACGUUGUGGAGGCCAAAGAUCUGAUGAAGAAAGACAUCGGUAUGCUGGGCAAAGGUAAAUCUGAUCCUUAUGCCAUAGUUAAUGUCGGCUCUCAAGAGUUCAAAACCCAAAUAAUCGACAACAAUGUUAAUCCCAAAUGGGAUUAUUGGUGCGAGGCGAUUGUUAAUUCUGCUAUAGGUCAAGAAGUAUGCUUCAAUUUAUGGGACUGUGAUCAAGGUUUACCCGGUGUGCAAAAUGAUGAUCCUUUGGGCAGGGCCACUAUCGAAAUUGUAAAUGUGGUUAAAAGAGGUGUAGUGGAUACGUGGCUUACUUUAGAAGAAGCUAAACACGGUUUACUACAUGUACGCCUACAGUGGUAUAAAUUAACCGCUGAACCCGCAGAUCUUCAAGCUGCUCUUAUGGAGACCCAAUUACUGCGUGUAACUUCGAUGAGUACUGCUUUGCUUAUUGUUUUUAUUGACUCAGCUCGUCAUCUAAAAUCGGCUCGAUCGAAUGCCCGUCCUGAUCCAUAUUUGGUAUGCAGCGUCGGCAAGCAGAAACAACAAACGGCCAUGAUUAUGCGUGACGAUUCACCUGUCUGGGAACAGGGUUUCACUUUUUUAGUAGGUAAUCCCGACAAUGAUACAUUGCAAAUUAAGAUUUAUGAUCAAAAAACUGGCCUCGAGAUUGGGCAAUAUGGUUAUGUAAUUGCCUGCUUAAUGAAUAAAGAGAAUAUGGAAAUGGUAUCACAACCAUUUCAACUACAAAAAUCUGGUCCUGAUUCGAAAUUGAUUAUGUCAUUGGCUUUGCGCAUUCUAAAAAAAGUAGAUAUUGUUGAGGAUACAGAUGUUACUAGUGAAGCAUCAACAAUUUCGCAACUAGCACGAGCAGCAUCAGUAAAACAAUCACCCAGUGCACAGGACAAGGGUUCUUUAAGGGAUAUUCAGUCACAAUCUAGUCGACUUUCCUCAGAAUCACCUUUAACGGAAGAAGAACCAAUCGCUUUAAAAGUCAGCUCCGAUACUAUGAAUCUCUCCACUACACCGACACGUAGCCCUAAAUUGUUUAACGCAAAUUUAGCUGGCUCUGGUGAUUCACAAUUGACACAUCGUUUUCCUGACAUUACCUCUUCGGCCGGUGAAAAUGGUUUAGGACGUAUACAACUAAGUAUACAUUAUAUGGUUCAAAGGCAAAAACUGUUCAUUACCAUACAUAAGAUAAUGAAUAUACCGCUACGUGAUCCCACUAAUAUACCCGAUCCAUAUGUUAAGUUGUAUUUAUUACCGGGUCGCAGCAAAGAAUCGAAACGUAAAACAGUGGUAGUUAAAGAUAAUUGUAAUCCCGUUUAUGAUGCCACUUUCGAAUAUCUUAUCUCAAUGGCUGAGCUAAUGCAAAGCGAACUAGAAGUGACUGUGUGCACGCAAAAAGGCUUCUUAUUGGGUGGUAGCCCUAUAAUUGGAAUGUUAAAAAUAUCUCUUAAUGAGACGGAUAUUAUUGAAAAUGGUUUAAACAGUUGGUUCGAUUUGCAGCCUGAGCAGAAGCAUGACUAAGGAGAUAUUUUUUGAAAAGAAUUGAAAGAAAAACAAAUACAAAAAAUAUAUUUAAUACAUUUUUAUGAGAAUUUCUUUAGAGAAGCAAUUGCUUUUUGCCCUUUUACCUUUUGUAUCCCGUAC